UUCCCAGCACCAUGUCCCACCAGCCAACUCUGUCUCCCCGUAAACGCAGCCUGGCUCAGAUCAGGGAAUGGAGGAAAGUAGAAUGGAAGAAGAAGCUGAGGAGGUUUGAGAAAGCGGAGGAGGAGAUAAAGAAGUUUCCAUUAGGGCCUCAAUACAAGGCUGGGCUGCGGCGCCCCUCCCCCGUGUGGAGACUCUUCCCCAGACAGAAGCUAGCCUUCGAUUUCGCACGAUGCUGUAAACAGGAUGUCCAUGUGUUUGCGUGUGAAGUGGAGGGGGAGAGUGAGAACGGUCAGAGGAGAUAUCUGGUCACCACGUACGAGCAGUUCUGGGACAUGUACAGUGUUCUCCACCCAAAUAUGGACGGCCACUUCUACGAGGUCAUCCCAGAGGGCGCGACCUGUCACCUGUACUUUGACCUUGAGUUCAGCAAGGUCGUGAACCCGGGGUCAGACGGGGUCGCCAUGGUCCAAACUCUCAUCAGGUGUGUGUGGUGGCUCCUGAAGAAGAAAUACAACCUCACCUGUACGGAGGAUCAUGUCCUUGACUUGGAGUCAAGCACGGAGGAAAAGUUCAGUCACCAUCUGAUUUUCCACCUGCCUGGAGCUGCCUUUCAGGACAACAUUCAUGCAGGCAACUUUGUACACCAGAUGUGUGAGAAGCUGCACCUGUGUACUGAGCAGCAGAGCCCCCUGGCAGGUGAUGCAGAACUGCAGGAGCUGAGGGAGGCAGUCCCAGGGUUGGACCUGUGUACUGAGCAGCAGAGCCCCCUGGCAGGUGAUGCAGAACUGCAGGAGCUGAGGGAGGCAGUGCCAGGGUUGGACCUGUGUACUGAGCAGCAGAGACACCUGACAGGUGACACAGAACUGCAGGAGCUGAGGGAGGCAGUGCCAGGGUUGGACCAGUGUACUAAGCAGCAGAGCCCCCUGGCAGGUGACACAGAACUGCAGGAGCUGAGACAGGCAGUGCCAGGACUGGACCAGCUGGUGGUAAAGAACAAGGCUGGGGAGAGGGUGCUGUUCAUAGAUGCAGGUGUGUACACGAAGAACAGGAACUUCCGCCUGUACCAGAGCACGAAGCUGGGCAGGCGUGCGCCUCUGCUGGUCGCUCCACAGUGCAAGUACAAACUACGGGAGGGGGGCAAGGUAUCCUGGGAGGAGAGCAAGGCAUGCUGGGAGGGGAGCAAGGCAUGCUGGGACAAACAGGUCUUCCUGGAAUCCCUCGUUAGCAAUGUGAGGUUUUCCCCCGAACUGAGAGUGUUACGGUGUGAGGAAGGCAACAGUUCGUCUGGCAGAGUCAGAACCAGCCAUGAGAGUGGGGACAACAGUAGAGGGCGGGACAGCACAACUAGGGACGGUACAGUCUAUUUCUGUUCAAUGUGUAACACAAUUUCUCGCUGUCUGGCCAGGACUGAUCAGGUCUCCUUCCCCAGAGUUUGUGGCCGUUCACUUCUAACUCAAGAUAACAAUUCCCAUAACUACCAUUCUACAGAUCAGCUAUCAGGUUGCAGCAGCUCCCCCUACCCCGAGGUGGAUGCCUAUGUGGUACUGCAGGUGAGCAGGGAGGAUCAGCUGUCGGGUUGCAGCAGCUCCCCCUACCCUGAGGUGGAUGCCUACGUGGUACUGCAGGCGAGCAGGGAGGCCACAGGCCAGCUGUCGGGUUGCAGCAGCUCCCCCUACCCUGAGGUGGAUGCCUACGUGGUACUGCAGGCGAGCAGGGAGGGUGUGUAUGGGGAUCAGCUGUCAGGUUGCAGCAGCUCCCCCUAUCCUGAGGUGGAUGCCUACGUGGUACUGCAGGCAAGCAGAGGGGGCGUGCAUGGGGGGAUCCGCCAGUGGACGUACUUCUCCCAGGGGGAGGUCCUGAUGUAUGACAUCGUGCACAACCGCUGGUGUGAGAACAUCGGGCGGGCACACAGGAGCAACCAUGUCAUGUUUGUAGCAGACCUGAAACGGCAGGUGUUGUACCAGAAAUGUCACGACCCCGUCUGUAGGGCACAGAACUACAAGUCUCCUGGUAAAACACCUUUAUAUCCUUGUUACUUAUCAACUCAUCUAUGAAAAAGGGAUUGCUUUUGGCUUGUCUAUGUGUGCAUGUUUGGUUUUGUAUGUGUGUGUGUUGGUGUGUUCCAAAUUAUGCACACAUGUAUUUCAUCAUUUUAUAACCUUUGCUUUAUAUAUAUAGCCUCCUUUGGACAUGUCUAUAAGCUGACUCAGGUCUGUUG